UAUACCCUGCCUAUGUUUGAGGUCUGCCCUGAGCGCCCCGAUGGCAAUGGGAAGAUGGUGGCUACAAUCCCCAAGUUAAUCCCAGUGGCGCAUCCUCGUGGAUCAUGCCCAAACUCCAGGAGAGCGAGGAUAACGGGACACCGCUUGUGCAGAUUUCCGGAUUGCCUUGGUAACCCAUGUAAAGACUGCUGGUGUGAGGAGACUCAGAUAGGAUUCAAAUGCCUCUGCGCGGAUGGCUACAUCGGGAGGAAACCUGAUAUCCAUGAUUGCAGCAGUAACCCGUGUGGUGAUCAUGGUGCUUGUCAUGAUGAAAUAAAUAGUUACACAUGUGAAUGUAAUGAUGGGUGGACUGGAACACACUGCGAAACGGAUAUCAAUGAAUGCAGCAGUAAUCCGUGUGGGGAUCAUGGUGUUUGUCAUGAUCAAAUAAAUGGUUACACAUGUAAAUGUAAUGAUGGGUGGACUGGAACACACUGUGAAACGGCAAUCUGUCCCAGUGGUUGGUUCUACCACGCCCAAAAGUGCUAUUUUCGAGAGUCAGAAAGGAUGCCAUGGACUGCUGCAAAGGAAUAUUGUGGUAAGAAACGCGUCACAUUGUCAGGCGGGAUCGGGAUGAGACAGGCGUCGCUGCUAUUGGUUGAAAAUCGAGAGGAAACUGACGUCAUUGCCAAUGAGUUUCUGCCUAAAAAUGAGUCCAAACCUCGAGUCUGGAUAAACUGCAACGACGAGCUCGAAGAGGGUAGAUGGGUCUGCAAAAGCGAUGCCUCGGGAACAGUUUUGCCUUACAGGAAUUGGUUCCCUGGCCAGCCCGCUGGAACUGGGGAUUAUGCAGUCAUGAGAAAUAACAAAGACGGUGAGAUCAACGGUGCUAGAUGGUACGAUUGUUAUAAACGAUAUUGUGAGACGCCUGCUCUGGUUGUGUGCCAAGUACGCCUAUAAGUUAAUGUGUCACGCGCGUAAAACAUUCCCCAUAGAGUUGUGUGUUAAAAUGGUACUUUUGAAAAAUUCCCCAAAAAAGAUAAACGUGAAAAUUUAUCAACUGAAACAGUAAAAUAGCCUUAUUCUACCGCCAGUCAAAAAAUAGUUCCAAAGUCAUUGAUAUAUCUUCCCAAUUUGGGCAAAGGAAGUUCAGUAGUUAACCAUUUGUA